AUGUCUGGCCUUGGCAUUGUCAUACUUAAUACAUGCCUCCCAGCCCUGCACACUAAUGGAGGCAAAAUUUUUGUUGAAUUCUUAAGUAAUGGCAUUAAGGAAAAAAAGAAAAUCCAGAAGCAUAUAACCCUCCCCAGGAUGCCUGGAGGUUAGGGGUCGGAAGUGAAUGGGACAGAAGCAUUAGUACAGAAAGUUGCCAGGGAAAAGAUCACUGUCACUGUCACCCUUAAUAACAGGAUCCCUCCAACAUUGGAUGGUGAAGAGAAGCCUUCACCAGGGCAGAAGGUUGAAGAACAGAAGAGUGAAUUGAGAUCAGCUCCUAAUUUUGCAGUUGAAAUUAUAAAGAAUGAUGGCAAGAAGGCCCUUGUGCUGGACUGUCUCUCUCCAAAGGAUAAAACUGGACAAGGGGAGGCUGAGGGUGACAUUUUCUCUAUCAGAGAAGUUAGCUUUUGGUCCACGGGCAAAUCUGAAUGGAAGGACACUAAUUACACCCUCAACACAGAGUCCUUGGACUGGGCCUUGCGUGACCACUUAAUGGAUUUUCUCCUGGAUGGAGGGGUGGACAAGACUUUUGCAGAUGAGUCAGCACAGCAUUGGAAUGGGCCCUGUCAUCACAACCCCCCUUCAGUGGGCAGUGUUGAAGAGCCCAUGCUUCCAAACAGUAAAAGUAACACAGCCCCUUGA